UUUUCAUUUCAGUUGAUUUUAGUAAAGUGAUUAAUAUUAGCUGAUUUUUUUAACAAAUACUUUAGUGUGAAAAUAUAUAUUUAUUAAUUAAUAAUUCACUCAUAAAAGUAUUCAAAAAGGAAGGAAAUAAGCUUUCGUUAAUAUGAAUAUACCGAAAAAAACUCUGGUCAAAGAUGCACACAUCGUGAAAAUUGCUGUGGAGUUGGAGAAUUAUGUGCCGCAACUAAUAUGUUUGGAUCAGCGACAACCUUUAACGGGUAAAAUUCAAGAGAUCUGCAGUUAUUGGGAUAUUGCUGAUCCACAAAAUUAUGCACUGGAAUUCUGUGAUGCGAAUAAUCAAAAAUAUGUCACAGAGAAAAAUCGUAAUGAAAUCAAAAACGGUUCAGUAUUACAUUUGUCAUAUUCUCCAUCGAAAACUGCGAAUGAUACACUUGAGUCAUUACGUUCAGGUUCCAUUGUGGAGAAGACGAAAUGUUUAAAGCAACUUGCUACACUUAGCAAGGAUCAUACUUUCGCUAUGGAGUUCAUCAAAGAACAAGGUCUGACUAUUAUCAUUAAUAUGAUAGAGGAUCCUUCACAGAAAGAUGACGACAUACUAAAAUACAGUUUACAAAGCUUCGUCGAGCUAAUGGAGCAUGAUACAAUAUCUUGGGAAAUAUUACAAAGCACAUUCGUACAACGAAACAUUUAUAUUGUUUGUAAUUUUCAACAUUUUCCCAAAGAAUGUACCCAAAGUGCACUCUCCAACUUGGAGAAUAUUGUGCAAAAUAGCAGCAAAUAUGUGCUAGUCGAAAAAGAUGUCACACUACAAGAUUUACUACGUCUACUGCAAGAUGCCAAUUCGGCAACAACACAACAGAAUGCUAUUGCGUUAAUCAAUGCUCUAUUCAUGAAGGCGGACGAAGCACGCAAACGGCAAAUUGCGCAUACCAUUAGUGCAAAGCCUUAUCGUUUGGCGUUGUUAGGCAAUGCUUCGGGACGGCAAAUAGAGAUGACUCAUCAAUUGUAUGUUUUGCAAACACUCACUCUGGGCUUGUUAGAGCAGCGAAUGCGCAUGAAAAUGAACGCACAGGAUCAGGAUGCGCACGAUAAAAUCAAAGAACUACGACGCAUUGCAUUCGAUGAUUAUUCUGGUCAAAUGGGUAUGGGUGAAGAGCAUUUGCGACGCGGUGGUGGCGGAUCAGGUGGUGGCAAUGUAAAUUUUUCGCAGUUUUAUAAGAAAUUGGGUUUCAAAUGCGACAUAAAUCCAGCACAGGAUUUUAUUGAAACCCCUCCAGGUAUUUUGGCAUUAGAUUGUAUGGUAUACUUUGCACGAACUUAUACACAACAGUACACAAAAAUUGUACACGAAAACUCAUGUCGUGCUGACGAACAUGAAUGUCCCUUCGGUCGCACUUCCAUUGAAUUGGUAAAGGUGCUUUGCGAUAUACUACGUAUUGGUGAACCGCCAGCAGAGCAAUCGGCAGAUUUUCAACCAAUGUUCUUUACGCAUGAUCAUCCAUUCGAAGAAUUCUUUUGUAUUUGUAUUAUAACGUUAAAUCGUACGUGGAAGGAUAUGCGCGCCACAGCGGAAGAUUUUCAAAAGGUAUUCAGUGUAGUGCGUGAACAAAUCAUACGCACACUCAAGGAACGCCCGGAAAAUCUAGAAGAGUUUCGUGCCAAAAUUGCUCUACUAACUUAUCAAACGAUUACUAAUUUACGUCAACAAGAACGCAUCUCAAAAGAGGAAUGCGAUUCCACAGCAUCAGCUAUAGUCAAGUUGAAAGAAAAGAUCUCACCACACAUACUCGAUUUAAUUAAACAGCAGCGUCUAUCUUAUUUGGUAGAAGGCACCCGUUUUUCCAAAUACUCCCGCGGCACACGUUCCAAAGAUAAAUUUUGGUAUGCUCGCCUCUCACCCAAUCAUAAGGUUAUACAUUAUGGUGAUUGUGAUGAGAAAACCGUGCCAACUCUCGAAGAACUUACUAACAAAGUGACCGUUAACGAUAUAAAACAAUUGCUCGAGGGCAAAGAAUGUCCGCAUAUGAAAGAAAUGCGUACACGUAAAAAUGCUGGUAAUCUGGCUUUCUCUAUUACGCUCGAUUGCAUGGAGAAUACCACAUUGGAUUUUGUAGCACCAGAUGAGACUACAUUUCAUUAUUGGACAGAUGGUAUAAACGCUUUGCUGGGUCAGGAAAUGACAAGUAAACAAAAGAAGGAAGAUUUCGACACGUUAUUGUCAAUGGAAAUCAAAUUACGUUUACUGGAUACCGAAGGUGUGGACAUUAGCAAAGAUCCACCACCAAUACCUGAAGAUCCAGAAAACUAUGAUUUUUGUUUCGAGAGUUAGGAAGGUGUUUUGCGUGCCUUGCAUUAUUCUAUAAUUAUGUAUUGAUGUUGUGAUGAUAACUCAAAUAAGAAAUUCCGAGGAUCUUUAUUCGAAAAACAUGCCAAAGUAAAGUAAGUCUAAAUUUAAUACAAUAUUAACACUAUGUAUUGUUUUCUAUGUUUGUAUGUCGUCUGUAGGUCCCUUAGUAGCGGGACUUGUAUAAUAUUUUAUACCAAUCUACAAGUAUCUACAACGAAAAACAAGACAUUUGAACAAAGUAUCAAAUUAUUACAUAAAUAAUAGAUAUUUGUAUUUUUUUUAAUAAUAUGCAAUAUUUUUAUUCACGAUUAUGCCACUACAGCUUUCGUGUGAACAACAAACUACAUAUAUUUAUUUUUACAUGUUAUAAGCUAGACAUAGUAUGCGUUUUUUUUUUUUU